UGACAAUAUAGGGCGACAUUUAAAAAGCAAUAGGUUCAUUAGCCUAUAAUAUUUAUUUUUUUAAUUAGACGCUAGAAUAACCAAAACUGUCAGUUGACGUCUGACGUGGUUUUGUUUGUAUGCUGACCGGAAGUGGGAUUGCUGCAAAGUGAUUUGAUAGACAUAUUGAUACUAGUUCGAUACAAGUUGUGCCAGCGUUGCUUCACUCUACACACAGGAUUCAAGCAGAAUUUAGCAAAAAAAGUAUAGCGAAUAAAAGCUAUUCAGGCUAAUGGUAACGUUGUUGCCUAGCAAUAUCUACUAACGGUAUAUCCAGCAAUGCUCUCACGGCUAGUUAAAGCUAACGUUGGUGGAAACAGACUGCUUUAACAUCCAUUUAUCUGUGUCUGUAGUAUAGUAGUCGUCCUGUCCUACCCUGUGUGAGGUAUGGAUGCUACUCAGAGGAUCUGUGACUCAAUAUUGGAGUCAGAUGAGGAGGAUCAUGAAGAUGAGAGUGAAAACAAGAGGGGACGACCAUUGGCUAAACUGUGUAUCUUAAAAAAUAAACACAUACCUGAGACAGAGGUUCCCCUCUUUUUGGGAGAAAACGCCCUGGGCCGUGACCCCAACUCCUGCACCGUGCCCCUGAUAGCACCCUCAAUUUCAAAGCAGCACGCCACCAUCUGCCUCUCAGUCUACAGGAAAAGAGGACGUCACAGUGAAGUGGACAUAGAGGCUUUGGUUUGGGACCAAGGGAGCAUGAAUGGGACCCGCAAGGGCCAAAUGAAGCUGACACCUAACGUACGCUAUGCCCUCAGUGAACGUGACAGCUUGGUGGUGGCAGACAUCCCAUGUCAGUAUGUAAUCUGUGCUGAAAAUGCCGCUUCCUCCCAAGGGGACGCGAGAACUCCUGUGAGCAGACAUUCAGGGGUAAAGGCCACGCUGCUACAUGCCACAAGCACAGGCGGCAAGAAAUAUGUCAACGGUGGUACAGGAGCUAGGGUGUCAUUACCUGAUCAGGGGGACACCAUGAAGACCCCUGGCGUAACCACUGUCUUGUCCUUUGAGCAAACCCCAACCUACCCAGAAGAGAGCCUGGUCUCAGAGUCUGACUCGGACUCAGACGGAGAAAGAGGGGAAAGAAGGCGCAAAGCAAUGGUGUCCCAUUCUGACUCCCAUACAUCCAGUCCCAGAUGUUCAACAUUCCUGAGUCCCACAAACAAAACCGUCCCUGAAAGUGAGGAUGAAAGUACCAUCACACCGUCCUCCUCCACUAAAAAUAGGCCUCACAGACAUGUCAGCUUCAGCCUCGAGGAGACAGACAUGGAUGCGGGGCGACAGCAGCUGAAUAACAUAAAGACAGUUGAGAUUGUGGACGAUAGUGCAGAGGAGGAACACAGGGAGGAAGAAAGAACAGCACUGGGAGGGACACAGUCUGAAGAAAGUGAACAACAUGUGCCAGUGAAAACGGGAAGCAAUGUCAGUCUUACAGGAGAAGAUGAAUUGCCUGAAUUCACACCAUCAGUCUUCACAGAUCCGAACCCUGUGUUUGACAUGGACAGUGACACUGAUGAGGAGGAGGGCGCAUGUCCUGUGACCUUGGCUACAAACCAACAAGCUGAUCAGCCCCCAGACUCAGCCCAGUUUCACAUGGACAGUGAUACAGAUGUGGAUGAGGACGAUGAUGCCUUAGACCAAGUUCCCAAAAGUUUGCCUUCCUCUGCUGACCACAACAAACCUCAUGUGAUUUCAGUUAUUCAGCCAGAAGGCGUCACUAUGGACAGUGACACUGAUGUGGAUGAUGAUGCGAUGUCAGACGCUGCAACAAAUGCAAAACCCCCAUCACUUCAGAGCACACAAACAGCUGACUCUGCUUUUUCAACACAGGUGGAAAAUGUCCACCUAGACAGUGACACAGAUGUUGAUGAAGAAGAAGAAAUGGAACAUGGAACAAAUAAUAAAUACCCUGAAAUAGAUGAAACUCCCACUAGAUUAGAUAUUAGGCCUGAAUCUAUCCCCGCUGCGCCUGACAGCCUGCAACUAGACAGCGAUACAGACGAUGAAGCUAUUCCUGCACCAGCACUCGGUGAACCCUCUUCUCUCCCAGAAUCAUGCACCACUGCACAACCAGGAGCAGAUUUGGAUAUUUUGUCCGACAGCGACUCAGAUGUGGAAGAGGAUUCUCCUCUGUUCAUAGCUCUUGUUGUCUCAGACAUAUCAGUAGAUCCUGGUACAACGUCAGAUGAGGCAGACCCAGGUGUUGAUGAAUCCGUCGUGCCACCUGCUGGGGACGCAGCUGACCUUAAAGAGGACAGUGACACAGAGGUGGAGGAUGCAGCUUGCCUGCAGAGAGAGAUCGCCCCUGGGCUGCUGGCUCCUCUAAAGCAGAACUGCUCCACACCUGUACCCCUAACAGAGGGAGGACUGGAAGAUAUGGACACACAGGCUUUCUUCAUUCCCUCUGCGGUUCCAUGUAGAUGUGCCGUAGCCCCUGCUGGAAGACGUAUGGUAUUGUCUGCCAACUCAGAGAGUCAGGAGGAUGAGGACUUUGUCGUGGCCGAGACGCAGUCCUUUGUUCUUCAGACCAGAGAGCGUCAGGGAACCCCUCCACAGGACCCCGAACAGGCUUUUUCCCUGGAGUCUUCUGGUGAUGAGAGAGGAGAGCAGUCCAGCAGUGAAGGGUCUUUCCAGCUCGGACUGUCAGACAGCAGACAUCUGCAGGGUCAGGCUCUAGCUAUGGAGAACACUCAAACUUUUGUGGGCGGGGAUGUGAGUGUGAGUAUGGAAGACACCCAGGCAUAUGCAGCCGUCUCAAAUGCUGACAGAACCUCCUUGGAGAAUGAUCAGAAUCUGGAGGCUACACAGGACUAUGGAAAGGAAGCAGAGCCUGCCAGAUGUUCAGAAACGUCUGUAAAAGAGAGUCAGGUGGAUUUUGACCUCAAAGACACACAGGAAUUUAUUACAAUGCCAGACAGCGAUUCAGAGGAUGACACUGAUGAUGAUGAUGAGUCAAGAAACACUGCUACUGCUGCCACUCAGGCUUUCAAUGUGCCCACGUCUUCUACUCUCGCAAUGGCUGAAACCCAACUAAUGCCUGUCUUUGAGGAAGACGAGAGUUCAGAUGAAGAACAUCUAUUUUCCUCUGUACUACAGGUUAAGCGAGAAGAAGAUGGAGAGGCAGAUCAACCUCAGAAGAAGCAUCACAGUGAAGCUCUGUCUGUAGCUGAAACUCAGCCCAUGCAUAUAAGUGAGGAUGAGGAAAGUGAUGAGGAAGACUUGAUUUCAGGGCCACGAAAAAGAAAGGCAAAGCCGCUGCAGCUUGACGAGGAGCAGACACAAACGCUCUCAAACUCUGAGUUAUCUCUUGAAACCCAGCCUAUGCACAUGGGUGUUUCUGAAACCCAGCCCAUGCAUACAAGUGAGGAUGAGGAAAGUGAUGAUGAAGACUCGAUGCCAGGUCCACGCAAAAGAAAAGCGAAGCCACUGCAGCUUGACGAGGAGCAGACACAAACGCUCUCAAACUCUGAGCUCUCUGCUGUCCAAACCCAGCCCAUGGUUGCUGGAGAAGAUGAAGAAAUUGAUGAUGAGGAGGAGGACUCAAUUCUGCGUCCACGAAAACGAAAAGCGAAGCCGCUGCAAAUUCAAGAAGAGGGAACGCAACCGCUCACAAGUUCAGAGGAAAGGGAAGAUCAGUCGGAGAGGGAGAGAAAGGAGAAGGAAGAACAAGAGAGAUUAGAGAGUGAAAAGACAGAAAGGGAAGAGAUGGAAAGAUUAGAGAGAGAAGCUAAUGAAAGAGUGGAAAAGGAGGAACAAGAGACAUUAAAGUGUGAGAGAGAGAGAAUAGAAAAGGCAGAAGAGAUGGAAAGAUUGGAGAGAGAGAGAAUAGAAAAGGCAGAAGAGAUGGAAAGAUUGGAGAGAGAGAGAAUAGAAAGGGAAGAAGAGAUGGAAAGAUUGGAGAAGGAGAGAAUAGAAAUGGAAAGAAAGGAGAAGGAAGAAAGAGAGAAAUUGGAGGUAGCGAAAAGGGAACUAGGAGAGAGACUUAAGAGGAUUGAACAGGAACACCAGGCAAAACUGGAGAGGGAAGCAAAGGAAAAGGAAGAAGGAGACGGGUUGGAAGAGGAAGAAGAAAAGCGGGAAAGAAAAAAAGUCAAAACCCCAGAGAGAAGCCGAAGAGCCACCAGAGCAACGACUGCUGCCCCGCCGCUUUCAGCAGAAGCAGAAGCAGACUCCAUAUCAGCCAAUGACGACGUCCCAGCCAGGAGAACCAGGUCUCGCUCCAACUCUUCCAACUCCGUCAGCUCAGAGAGGUCCGCUUCAAGUGUGAGCACCCUGGGGGGCCAGGGGAGAGGCCGGGGGGCCAAGAGGGGCAGCAGUGCACCCCCCCCAGCAGCCAGCACCAGAGGUACCAACAGGAGGAGGAGGAACACGGCGUCAACACAACAGGACACGAAUGAUGCUCCUCCUCCUCCUCUUCCUCCUCCUCCUCCUCCAGGAACUCAGUCCAGGUCCAAGGUGUCCAGCUGCAGCGUGAGCUCUCAGAGCAGAGGAGGAAGAGGAGGAGGCAGGCAGCGAGGAAGAGGAAGAAAAACUGAGCCCAUCCCUGCUAUCAAUAUUCAGAGUGAACAAAUAGUGGAUCCCACACCUGCAGCGAGAGGCAGGAAGAGCAGGAGAGGAGAGCAGCUUCCCCAGGAGGACGAAACUGAGAAGGCAGACCCUCAGCAGGCCCCUACCACAAGAGGGCGACGGAGAGCUAAUGUCUCAGAGCCUAAUGCUGCAGAAAAGCAAGACAACUCAAGUCAGGAGUGUGCCAGUGGAGAAUCACCUCUGCCUAAAAGGACUGUGAGGGGAAGAGCGGUAAAGAGUGAGACUGUGGAGGCACCAGUAGCUCCUGCAGUCAGUGAGGGAGAUAAAGAGGUGGGAAAAGGGAGGAAAAGGGACAUGGAGGAGGCAAAUACAGAAGAGGCCUCCAGCAGUAGCCACAAAGUGUUCCAAGGGAAGCAGAAAGCCCACACGCCAGAGGAAGCAGGUGAAACAAACGAUGAGACUCCAGUGCCAGCUAAGAGAAGAGGUAGAGCAUCCACCGCUCAAGCAAACAAGAUCGCAGGUGUCUCCUCCGCUAAAGUGGAAGGAAGUGAAGAGAGUGAGACAAUAGAGGAGGUACCUGUUAAGAAGAGAGGCAGAGGGCGGCCAUCAGUGGCUCAGAAAAAGAUGAAGGAGGAGCAGGAAGAAAGUGGGUUAUCUGUCGACCAUGUGGAGGCAUCAAAGCCCCAGACUCCCACCAGCGCUGCAUCCCGGAAGCGACAGGCUCUUGCCGACUCGUCACCUGUGGCAAAGACCCCUCGCUCCUCCUCUGCUUCCCCCGGUGGUCGAUUACGAUCUGUCAGCCAUGCCUAUAAGGUGCUGUUCACCGGCGUGGUGGAUGAAGAAGGAGAGAGGGUGUUGGCUCGUCUGGGAGGCCGCUUGGCCAAAGGCGUGGCCGACAUGAACUGUCUGGUGACGGACAAGGUGCGCAGGACCGUCAAGUUCCUGUGUGCCGUGGCUAAAGGAGUCCCCAUCGUCACCACACACUGGCUGGAUAAGAGUUGCAAGGCCGGGAGCUUCCUGUCUCCGAACACAUUUGCUGUGGAGGAUCCGGAGCAGGAGAAUAAGUUUAGUUUCUGCCUGCAGGAGUCUCUGAGGAUCGCCAGCAGUCAGCCUCUCUUACAGGGUUAUCACAUCCACGUUACGGCGUCAGUGAAACCAGAGCCAGUCCAAAUGAAGGACAUCAUCUUAUGCAGUGGAGCCACCCUCCUACCUAAGAUGCCCUCUUCUCCGAAGCCGCAGACUUUCGUGAUUUCCUGCGCGGAGGACCUGUCUCUGUGCGGCCCGGCGCUCUCUGCAUCUCUUCCAGUCGUCACUGCUGAGUUCCUCCUCACUGGGAUCCUUCAGCAGAGACUUGACCUUCAGACCCACAGACUCUCAGCCCCUGCACAUUCCCUUCAGCCGGCAGGAGGCAGGGGCAGGGGCAGGAAGAAGACUUAGUGAAUAAAAAAACACCAUGUAGGAAAUCAUUACUCGUAGAUUCCCUUUCAAAUGAGAGGCCGUAGAAACACUGUGUGUCUAUACAAAGGACUUGAAUGUAUUGUAACAAAAUGUUGAAACAUUCUUUUACAAUUGAAGCUUUCUAUUUUUGUGAGACAGCGAUUAAAGUAACUUAAUUAUUGUCUGUAGUGUUUCCCAUUUUCAUGUUUAAAAUAUAUGUGGAAACAAUUUAGAUUUUAAACUUGCCAUGAUGUUGCUGCUAUGUAAGGUGGGAAAUAAUAACCCAUCAGCCGUUCUUAUCACGUUCCCCAUCUCUCAUCUGUUCUUGCUCCUCCCCUUUCUUGGUACGAAGAUAGCAAGCAUAUUGUCACUACUCUCUUUACCUGCUAAGUGCUUCAGCAGCUCAAUCAGCCGGUUUGGCAGGUAACCGCAACGAAGCAGGAGAUUUAUAAUCAUGUUUGGGUGGGGGGCUAGUGGAAGCGAUGGGGGUCAGAAAAAGGCUUGUUUCCUGUCCUGAUGAGAAGUGCAUAGUGCCUUUUUUAUACCGAGCUAAUCAUGAACUUACCAGUGAGUCUGCAGUAACCAUCACCAGCUACUCCAUUAAGGCUUCAAUCAAUCCCAUUACCUCCAGCCAUGGGACGCGAUUUAUAGGCACCUGCAUGCUGUUGCUGCUUCUACAUCAAUAUCUUAUGGAGAUACGUGUAUACAGAACACUUCUGUCACACUAAUAAACUAAUUAAUAUUGAAACAUGUUUGUAUGUCAGUAUUACCAAUGAAAACAUUAAAUAUUUUUUGUAUAGUGACUUUAUACGUAA